AUGGGUAACAUGGCGACAGAAAUAGUGGCCUUUCUUUUGACCAUCUCCGGAUGGAUCCUGGUGUCAUCCACGCUGCCAACGGACUACUGGAAGGUGUCGUCCGUGGACGGGACGGUCAUCACCACGGCGACCUUCUGGUCCAAUCUGUGGAAAACGUGUGUGACCGAUUCCACCGGGGUGUCCAACUGCAAGGACUUCCCAUCGAUGCUGGCGCUGGACGCCUAUAUCCAGGUAUGUCGAGCUUUGAUGAUCGCCGCGGUGUGUCUGGGAUUCUUCGGCGCCAUUCUGGCCCUGGUGGGAAUGAAAUGCACCAAAAUAGGAGGUUCGGACACCACCAAGGCUCGCCUCACCGUCCUAUCAGGGUUCCACUUCAUUCUCAGUGGCAUCUGUUGUAUGAUUGCAUGUUCCAUAUAUGCCAACAGGAUCACUACUGAUUUCUUUGACCCCAUGUUUGUUGCACAGAAGUUCGAGCUGGGAGCAGCUCUCUUCAUCGGCUGGUCUGGAUCUGUGCUGUGCAUCUUGGGGGGGCUGAUCUUUUGCCUGUCUCUCUCCGGGGCCAUCAGUGUCAGGGGAGGGGCGUCGUAUGUGCCCACGCGGACCGAACAAGGCAAGACAGCUACAAGCCUGCAAAAGGAACCUCUGAAGCAGUUUGGCAGAAAUGCUUAUGUGUAA